AUGUCCGAGGACAAGUCGGUCGAGGAGGUCCAGGGCGCGGACAAAGCUGCGGCUAAGAUUCAAGCGGGAUUCCGGGGCUACCGGGUGAGGAAGAGGCUUCAGGAGGAGAAAAAGGCCAAGGAGAAGAAUCAGAACGACGAGGCGUCCGCCGAUUCCGAGGAGGAGUCGCACCAGGACCACAUGGAGAACAGCAACAAGUCUAACGACGGCCUGUUGGAGGACAAGUCGGCGACCAAGAUCCAAGCCGGCAUCCGCGGCUACCUGGUGCGGAAACGUCAACAGGCCGAGCAGGCCGCGGCGACGCGGAUCCAGGCGGGCUUCCGUGGCUUCAGGACGCGCAAGCUCCUCAAACAGAGCGGCCAGUGA